AUGUUCCCGUAUUCCCAUAGCACUAAAUUGAAAUGGAAGUUGGAAGUUUUUGCUCUUAUUGGAUUAAGGUUGAGCGCAGGUAAUCUCUGCGACAAAAGUGGUCAGACGAUAUUGCAAAGUUGGGCACUCUUUGACACUAGAGGUACACCAAGUAUGUGGUAGAUGGUCUCUGACUGUCGAACGCGGAGGUACCACCCGGCGGUUCUCGUAGGCGGAGCCAGAAUGUGUGCAUGUUGCAUGCACACGUGUUCCCUCGCCAGAGUCCGUGUG